AUGGAGCUUAGGCCCAGACUGUGGAGACGAACGGUUCUCAGCUGCACUACAUCCACCAUGUCCGGAAUGAUCUGCAACUCGUCGGGAAUGAUCUGCAACUCAGACCUAGAGUUUAACUCGCUGAAACCCUGCUUCUACUCAGAAGAAGAUGACACCUACUUUGAUGUUCAAAACUCGACACCUCCAGAGGAGGACAUCUGGAAGAAGUUUGAACUGUUGUCCACCCCUCGGAUGUCACCUGACCGUGCCUUGGCAGAACACAGCCUGAAGCCGGUGAACUGGGCCAGGGAGAUGUUACUGCCUGAGGUCGACCUAUGGAAUAACCCUGCCGAGGAGGAAGUUUUGGGCCUUGGGGGCCUCCGUGGCUGCACCAGCAAUCUGAUCAUCCUUCAGGACUGCAUGUGGAGCGGCUUCUCCACCCAGGAGAAGCUGCCAGAAGGCUACAGGUCCCUGGCCACUGGACCGGUUACCACUGCCAGCUCUGCUGGCCACAUGCGCAGUGGGACAGGCGUGGAGCACGAGAAAGCAGCUGCGCUCACAGAGCUCUCCCAACUGGACUUGGAGUGUGUGGACCCUGAUGUGGUCUUCCCAUCAUAUAUAUACGAGCCUAUGCCUGUACCCACCAUCCCCACCAGUACAGGUGCAAUGAUGAGCCUUGGUGACCACUUGGGGUUCAGCACUUCCCUAGAGGACUUCCUGAGCAACUCAGGUUCUGUGGAGGAAGGCGGAGAGGAAAUCUAUGUGGCCUGGGUAGAGGAGACACAGUUCUCCAAGACUGUCACCGGGCUCCCCGCCGUGGCGCAUCAGGAGAACCCAGCGCUGAGUCCCAGGUACGCGCAAUCCAGCGAGCAGAUCCUCAAGCUCUGCGAACUCAUUCAAGAGCUACACAACUAUGCCGCGCCACCAUUGCCCUAUGUGGACAGGGAGGACACUCGGCCUCAGAAGAAGCGCAGGAGCCGCGCUUCGCGAAAGUCCCUCAAACGCGUCCUCCAACCAAAGGCUCGGAGGUUGGGAUCCCGGAACAACUCAAACCACAACAGGAUGGAGCACCAACGCUGUGAUAUUAUACACUCCAGCUUCCUGGACCUCAGGGACCUUGUGCCUGAGCUGGUGCAUAAUGAGAAGGCCACCAAGAUGGCCAUCCUGAAAAAAGCCACCAAGUAUAUUCACAUUCUGCAGGCUUAUGAGUCCAAGCUCCUGGUGGAAUGGAAGAAACUGUAUGAAAGACAACAGCAGUUGCUAGAGAAAAUCAAACAAUCUGCUGUGUGGUAA